AUGGCCGCCUCCACCCUGUCUGUCUGCUCCAGCGACCUGAGCUACAGCUGUCCAGAGAGCUACUGCGAGCCCCCCUGCUGUGCCCCCAGCUGCUGCGCCCCGGCCCCCCGCCUGACCCUCCUUUGUGCCCCAGUGAGCUGCGAGUCCAGCCCCUGCUGCCAGCCAGCCUGCAGCAGUUCCUGCCCAGCCUUGGGCUGCCAGCAGUCUAGCUGCCAGUCCUCCUGCUGCACCUCCUCUCCCUGCCCGCAGGCCUGCUGCAGGCCCGUCUGCUGCGAGCCCGUCUGCUGCAGGCCCGUCUGCUGCGAGCCCGUCUGCUGCAGGCCUGUCUGCUGCGAGCCCGUCUGCUGCAGGCCCGUCUGCUGCAGGCCUGUCUGCCUCAGGCCCGUGUGCUGUGAGGCCUCCCCCUGCUCAGCCCCCUCCUCCUGCUGCAGACCCUCCUCCUCCGUGUCCCUGCUCUGCCGCCCCGUGUGCCGCCCAGCCUGCUGCGUCCCCGCCUCCUCCUGCCAGCCCAGCUGCUGCUGCCCGGCCUCCUCUGUGUCCCUCCUCUGCCAGCCCACAUGUUCCCGCCCUGCUUGCUGCGUCCCUGCCUCAGAGCCCUGCUGCUAA